ACUUGAGACUAUGAAAGCAGCUGAUAAUAAGGGAUGGCGAGGAUUUCUAGUGCUUUCACAUAGAGGAUGUAUCAGAUGCGCUCACGCUACCACAAUGACGAUUAAAACUGGAUUUAUCAUUGGGAAUAUAGUGUUCUGCUGUAUACUGUCGUGUGUGCAGGGUUUCAUUUAUACAUGUGGUGGGACAUUAAAAGGGAAAAAUGGGACCAUAGAAAGUCCAGGUUUUCCUCACGGAUACCCGAACGGAGCGAACUGUACGUGGGUUAUUGUAGCCGAGGAGAGGAGCAGAAUUCAUCUAGUUUUUCAGUCCUUUGCUGUGGAGGAAGAAUAUGACUUUUUAUCUUUAUAUGAUGGACAUCCUCAUCCUGCAAACUUCAGGACAAGGUUAACAGGAUUUCAGGUGCCAGCGCCCGUCACAAGUACCGGAUCCAUAUUUUCCCUGCGUCUUACCAGCGACUUUGCUGUAAGCGCCCAUGGAUUUAAAAUAUAUUAUGAAGAACUACAAAGCAGUUCUUGUGGGAAUCCAGGAGUUCCUGCCAAAGGAGUCCUGAAUGGAACAAGCUUCAAUGUGGGAGACAGAAUCCGGUAUCACUGUGUGGCUGGAUAUACCCUGGACGGCCACGCACAGCUGACCUGUGUCACCAGCACGUCUAAUGUAGCGGUGUGGGAUUUUCCUAUUCCCAUCUGCAGAGCUGAGGACACAUGUGGCGGGACCUUCCGAGGCUCCAGUGGCACCAUCUCCAGUCCAGACUUUCAGAAGGACUAUCAGAGCAGUGGCGAGUGCACGUGGACCAUCCUGGCUGAUCCAGGAGACACCAUCUCACUGGUCUUCACUGAAUUCCAGAUGGACAGCAAACUCGACUCUUUAGAAGUUGAGGGAUCUGAUCCACCAACAAUAUGGUUAUCAGGAAUUAAUAUUCCUGUGCCUAUAGUCAGCAACAAGAACUGGCUACGACUUCAUUUCGUCACUGACAACAGCCAUCGGCAUAAAGGAUUCAGUGCUCAAUAUCAAGUGAAACGAUCAGGAGAUUUUAAAUCAAGGGGAGUGAAACUAUUACCUGGAAAAGACAACACAAGUAAAUUUUCAAUAAUGAAUGAAGGGAUGGUCAAGCAGGUCUCCAACUUCUGCCCGGAUCCCGGGGAACCGGAGAAUGGCAAACGCAUUGGCACCGAUUACAGCAUCGGUGCAACGGUUCAUUUCACCUGCGACGGGGACCACGUGCUUCAGGGAUCUAAGAGCAUCACGUGUCAGAGGGUCGCUGAGGUGUUCGCGGCCUGGAGUGACCAUAGACCCGUCUGUAAAGCGAAAACAUGUGGGAUGAACCUCUUCGGCCCUUCAGGAACAUUUACAUCGCCUAAUUUCCCCAUCCAGUAUGAGAGUAACUCACAGUGUGUUUGGAUUAUCACCGCCAGUAACCCCAAUAAGGUUAUUCAAAUCAAUUUCGAAGAGUUCGACCUGGAGCUGGGAUACGAUACGUUGACUGUCGGUGACGGUGGAGAGGUUGGCGACUCAAAAACAAUCAUACAAGUGUUAACGGGCAGUUUCGUCCCUGACCUCAUCGUCAGUAUGACCCAUCAAAUGUGGCUGCAUUUGCAGUCUGAUGAAAGUGUGGGCUCUAUUGGCUUUAAGAUCAACUAUAAAGAAAUUGACAAGGAAAGUUGCGGGGAUCCCGGCAUCCCUCUGUACGGACUCCGAGAGGGCGGGGGCUUCUCCAACGGAGACGUGCUGCGCUUCGAAUGUCAGUUCGGAUUCGAGCUCAUUGGCGAGCGAAUGAUUUCCUGUCAGAAUAACAAUCAGUGGUCUGCUAACAUCCCCAUCUGUAUAUUUCCCUGUAUGUCCAACUUCACGGCAGCCAUGGGCACCGUCCUGUCUCCAGACUACCCCGAGGGUUACGGCAACAACCUCAACUGCGUCUGGCUGAUCAUCGCCGAGCCAGGCAGCCGCAUCCAUCUGGCCUUCAACGACUUCGACCUGGAGCCCCCCUACGACUUCCUGACGGUGAGGGACGGGGAGUUGGCGGAUGCCGUAAUGUUGGGACGUUUCUCUGGGGCAGAAGUGCCUUCGCAUCUCACCAGCAACUCCAACAUCCUCCAGCUGGAGUUCCAGGCCGACCACUCGAUGUCCGGCCGAGGAUUCAACAUCACAUACAGCACGUUUGGACACAAUGAGUGCCCGGAUCCCGGAGUGCCUAUGAAUGCCAAGCGCUUUGGUAAUAAUUUCCAGCUGGGAAGCUCCAUCUCAGUGGUGUGUGAGGAGGGCUUCAUAAAGACGCAAGGCUCGGAUACUAUUGUGUGUGAACUGGAGGCGGGAAAGGUGAUGUGGAGUGGUUUGAUCCCCAAAUGUGAAGCGCCAUGCGGAGGCCAUUUCACCGCUCCGGUGGGAGUCAUUCUGUCCCCGGGGUGGCCCGGCUACUACAAAGAUUCCCUGAGCUGUGAGUGGGUCAUCGAGGCCGAGGUGGGACGCUCCAUCAAGAUAAGCUUUGACAGGUUCCAGACAGAACUCAAUUAUGACUUUCUAGAGGUUCACGAUGGGCCUAAUCUCCUGUCGCCCCUAAUCGCCUCUCUAAAUGGCACCCAAGUCCCUCAGUUCCUGUUCAGCAGCGGCAACUUCCUGUAUCUUCUCUUCACCACCGAUAACAGUCGCUCUAACAGUGGCUUUAAGCUCUUUUAUGAAAGCGUCACUUUGGACACUCACUCAUGUUUGGACCCCGGCGUGCCCGUAAAUGGGAUACGUUACGGGCAGGACUUGGCCAUCGGCUCGGUGGUGUGGUUUGGCUGUGAGCCCGGAUACAGACUGAGCCACGAGGAGCAGUUGGUCUGUGAGAAGAACCACUGGUGGAGCCACCCUCUGCCGACAUGUGACGCUCUGUGCGGAGGCGAUGUCCGGGGCCCAGAGGGCAUCAUCCUCUCUCCUGGCUUUCCAGAGCUCUAUCCCAACUCAUUAAACUGCACAUGGACUCUGGAGGUCAGCCAUGGCAAAGGCGUGCAGUUCACGUUUCAUGCGUUUCACCUGGAGGAUCACCAUGAUUACCUGCUCCUGACGGAGAACGGCAGUUUUGCGCGGCCCCUCGCCCGUCUCACCGGUUCUCAACGACCCCCUCCAGUCAACGCCGGGCUCUACGGCAACUUCAAGGCUCAACUUCGCUUCAUCUCAGACUUUUCCAUCUCCUUCCAGGGCUUCAACAUCUCUUUCUCAGAAUAUGAUUUGGAGCCAUGUGAGGACCCUGGUGUGCCCCAGUUUGGCAGGCACAGCGGUGGCAGAUUUGGCAUCGGCGACACCCUGACGUUCUCCUGUGACCUUGGUUACCGUCUGCAGGGGGCUCGAGAAAUCACUUGCCUGGGUGGUGGGCGGCGCAUAUGGAGUACACCUCUGCCAAGGUGUGUGGCCGAGUGCGGCUCAACUGUUUCCAAGAAUGCCGGUGUCCUGUUGUCCCCAAACUACCCCCACAAUUAUGAGAACAACCACGAGUGCAUCUACAACAUUCAAGUACAAGCAGGAAAAGGAAUCAACAUCACAGCUAGCACCUUUAAUCUGGCUCAAGGCGACGUUCUCAAAUUGUAUGAUGGUCCAGACAACACGGCAGAAGUUCUGGGAGGUUUCUCUGGGUCCUCUUUGUUGGGUCAGUCAUUGACCAGCACGUCAAAUCACCUGUGGCUGGAGUUUUAUUCUGAUCAAGAGGAUACGGCCGAGGGUUUUAAGCUGGUUUACACCAGUUUUGAACUCUCUCAUUGUGACGAACCCGGUGUGCCUCAAUUUGGAUCCAAAGUCAGCGACCAAGGCCACUUUGCUGGCAGCGUGGUCACGUAUCGCUGUGAUCCUGGCUACAGUCUCCAUGGCAGCAGCAUAUUGAGAUGUAUGACGGGCGAGAGACGGACGUGGGACCACCCCCUCCCCUCAUGCAUAGCGGAGUGUGGGGGAAGUUUUAAAGGUGAGUCAUCCGGACGGAUACUGUCUCCCGGAUACCCGUUUCCGUAUGACAACAACCUCCGCUGCACAUGGACCAUCGAGGUGGACUCCGGCAACACUGUCAGUCUGCAGUUCUUGGCUUUUGACACGGAGGCAUCGCACGAUAUCCUGAAGGUUUGGGACGGGCGUCCGGAAAACGAGAUGGGUCUGAAGGAAGUGAGUGGUUCGCUGUUGCCCGACGGCAUCCACAGCACUCUCAACGUGGUCACCAUCCAGUUCGAGACAGAUUUCUACAUUAGCAAAUCUGGAUUCGCCAUUGACUUCUCAAGUUCAGUGGCGACCGCCUGCAGGGACCCGGGGACGCCCAUGAACGGCAGCCGCAGCGGAGAGGGCAAAGAGCCUGGCGACACGGUGACCUUCAUGUGUGAUCCGGGCUACGAUCUGCAAGGCGAGCCCAGGAUCACCUGCAUUCAGGUGGACAACAGAUUCUACUGGCAGCCCAGUCCUCCUACAUGUAUCGCUCCUUGUGGUGGUAACAUUACAGGCUCAUCUGGAUUCAUUCUGUCACCGAAUUUCCCCCAUCCGUACCCACACAGCAAGGACUGCGAUUGGUUCAUCACGGUUCACCCUGAUUAUGUCAUUUCCUUGGCAUUUAUCAGUUUCAGCAUUGAGCCAAACUAUGACUUCUUGUACAUCUACGACGGACCUCACAGCAACGGUCAGCUGAUUGGCACAUUUCAAGACAGCAAGCUGCCAGAAAAGGUAGAAAGCAGCUCCAACAUCAUGCACAUUGCCUUCCGCAGCGACGGAUCCGUGAGCUACACAGGCUUCCAUCUGGAAUAUAAAGCUAAACUGCGUGAGGCCUGUUUUGACCCGGGCAGCGUGAUGAAUGGCACUCGGUUGGGAGGAGACUAUAAGCUGGGCUCCACUGUGACCUUCCACUGUGAUCCAGGCUACCAGCUCCAGGGUUAUUCCAGUCUCACCUGUGUCAUGGGCGGCACCAACAGACCCGAGUGGAACAGAGCUCUGCCCAGCUGCCAAGCUCCAUGUGGAAGCCGGUCGACGGGUUCAGAGGGCACUAUUUUGUCCCCAAACUACCCUCGCAACUACACCGCGGGCCAGUCCUGUGUGUAUGAGAUCUCAGUGCCAGGGGAGUUUGUUCUCUUCGGCCAGUUUAUGUUCUUCCAGACGACCCCUAGUGAUGUGCUGGAGAUCUUUGACGGGCCCUCGACGGAGUCUGCGCUCCUCACCUCUGUGCACGGCUCUCACUCAGGAGAGCCAUUGCCGCUGAGCUCUGCCAAUGAAAUCACCAUCAGGUUCAAAUCCGAGGGACCGAACACAGCUAAAGGUUUUCAUUUUGUGUAUCAAGCUGUUCCGAGGACCAGUGCUUCCCAGUGCAACUCCGUGCCCGAGCCUCGCUACGGGAAGCGCAUUGGGAAUGACUUUGGAAUGGGCACGGUGGUGCUUUUUGAGUGUAACCCAGGUUACACUCUUCAUGGUGCCAGUGCCAUCAGGUGUGAGGCAGUGCCCAACACACUGGCCCAAUGGAACGGCACUGUGCCAACAUGUGUCGUUCCAUGCGGAGGAGUUCUGACCAUGCGUCGCGGGACCAUUCUGUCUCCGGGUUACCCCGAUCCCUAUGACAACCAUCUGAACUGCGUUUGGAAGGUCUUUGUGCCGGAGGGAACCGGAAUCCAAAUCACAGUUGUGACUUUUUCCACCGAACACAACUGGGACUCUCUAGACUUUUACGAUGGUGUCGACAGCAAUGCUCCACGACUAGGGAGCUAUUCAGGGACCACGAUUCCACCCCUGCUGAACACCACGUCCAACAACCUGUUCCUCACCUUUCAGACUGACAUGAGCAUUUCUGGAGCUGGUUUUCACCUGGAAUAUACAGCAAUAGGUUUGGACUCCUGCCCAGAACCUCAAACCCCCAGCAACGGUGUGAAAGUGGGCGACCGCUACUUCGUGGGUGAUGUUGUCUCGUUCCACUGUGAACAAGGAUACACUCUAAAGGGAAGUGCAUAUAUAACCUGCAUGCCGGGGCCUGUCAGAAGAUGGAACUACCCAGCGCCCCUUUGUCUUGCCGAGUGCGGGGGAUUCCUGACGGACCUGAACGGAGUCAUCCUAAGUCCCGGCUUUCCUGGAAAUUACCCCAGUGGACUUGACUGCAACUGGACAGUUAAACUUCCUGUUGGGUUUGGGAUUCACCUCCAGUUCCUCAACUUCUCCACGGAAGCUGUGCACGACUACCUUGAAGUCCGUAGCGGGACGCUGGACUCGGGCUCGGUGAUCGAUAGGUUCAGUGGGCCCGUUGUUCCAGAAUCUUUCUUCAGCACGACCCACGAGACCAGCUUCUUCUUUCACAGCGACUACUCGCAGAACAAACCCGGUUUCCACAUCACCUACAAGGCGUACGAACUGCAGAGGUGUCCGGAUCCGCGGCCCUUUCGGAACGGGGUGGUGAUUGGCAGUGAUUUUGGAGUGGGCAUGACCAUCUCGUUCCAGUGUCUGCCGGGGUACACACUGCUGGGCGAAGCGUCGCUCACGUGUCUGCAUGGCAUCAGCCGCAACUGGAACCACCCUGUGCCUCGCUGUGAAGCACUUUGCGGUGGUAAUAUCACGGCCCUCAAUGGGACCAUCUACUCUCCGGGCCACCCGGCUGACUACCCCAAUCUUAAAGACUGCAUAUGGAGCAUCCGAGUACCUCCAGGCAACGGCAUCCACAUCAACUUCACCGUGCUCAACACAGAGCCCAUCUACGACUACAUCACCAUCUGGGACGGCCCUGACCAAACAUCCCCACAGAUUGGUCAAUUCAGUGGCAGCUCGCCUCAGGAGGCCGUUUCCAGCACGUCCAAUCGCAUCCUGCUCAAGUUCCACAGCGACUUCAGCACCAGCGGAUUCUUUCUGCUGCGUUUCCAUGCUUACCAACUUCGUGUCUGUCAACCUCCCCCUCGCGUCGCCAACGCAGAGAUCCUGGCUGAAGAUGAUGAAUUUGAAAUUGGAGACAUCAUCAGGUACCGAUGCCUGCCGGGCUUCACGCUGCUCGGGAGCGAGAUCUUGACCUGUAGGUUGGGCGAGCGACUGCAGAUGGAUGGUCCUCCUCCGGUCUGCCAAGUGCAAUGUCCUGACAACGAAGUCCUGUUCGACUCGACGGGUGUAAUCCUGAGUCCAGGCUAUCCUGACAGCUACCCCAACCUUCAGAUGUGCUCCUGGAUGAUCAAUGUGGAGAAGGGCUACAACAUCACACUGCACUUUGAACUCUUCCAGACGGAGAAAGAGUUUGAUAUUCUGGAGAUCUUUGAUGGACCAAAUAUUUACAGUCAGAGUCUGGCUGUGUUGAGUGGAGAUCAAAGUGUGCCCUUCAACAUCACCACCACGGGUCACCAGCUGUUUCUCCGCUGGUCAUCUGAUCACGGCACCAACAAAAAGGGCUUUCGUAUCACUUACGUGGCCAUGUACUGCAGCACCCCAGACUCUCCGCAGCAUGGUUUUGUGGUCAGCCAGACGGGCGGCCACGUCAACAGCGUCGUCCGCUGGGCCUGCGACCGCGGCUACAGGCUCAUCGGGAAAAAUAUGGCCGUCUGCAGGAGAACUGAGCUCGGUUAUCUGGCCUGGGACUCAUCUGUGCCCGCGUGUCAAGCUGUGUCCUGUGGGCCGCCCGUGGCCCCUGUGCACGGAGGCAUGCUGGCCGCUGAUUAUUCAGCAGGAACACGAGCCACCUACUUCUGCAACGAUGGCUUCCGUCUGUCCUCUAAAGAGGUGACCAGCACCAUGUGUCAGGCUGACGGCACGUGGAGCAACCACAAUAAAAUCCCUCGCUGCACAGUUGUGGUGUGUCCCAGCAUCGGCUCCUUCACCCUGGAUCACGGCAAAUGGAGGAUUGUCAAUGGCUCUCGUUAUGAAUAUGGCACUAAAGUGGCCUUUACUUGCAACACUGGCUACUACCGGCUCGGCCCCGCCCACAUUCACUGUACGUCCAAUGGGACGUGGAGCUGGAGGAACGAGCGACCUCGCUGCAAGAUCAUUUCGUGUGGAGAGCUGCCCACUCCUCCUAAUGGACAGAAAAUUGGAACGCUGACAACCUUUGGAGCAUCCGCUAUUUUUACCUGCAAUUCGGGCUACAUUCUGGUGGGCUCGACUGUACGGGAAUGUCUGGCAUCGGGCCUCUGGAGCGGGAUGGAGACACACUGUCUCGCUGGCCACUGCGGCUCUCCGGAAAGGAUCGUGAACGGUCAGGUGAUCGGUGAAAACUUCGGCUACAGGGAUACAGUAGUUUACCAGUGUAAUCCAGGUUUCCGGCUCAUCGGUUCCUCUGUGCGCAUCUGCCAGCAGGAUCACAACUGGUCCGGUCAGCUCCCGUCCUGCGUGUCCGUUAGCUGCGGUCAUCCGGGCAGCCCUAUCUACGGCCGCACUGUUGGCGACGGCUUCAACCUGAACGACAUGGUGACCUUCUUCUGUAAUAACGGCUACAUUCUGGAAGGCCCAUCUCAAGCGCAGUGCCAGGCGGACCGCCAAUGGAGCCAGCAGCCGCCCACAUGCCGAGUUGUGAACUGCACGGAUCCCGGUAUACCAGCCAACUCAAUCAGGAAGAGCAAGAUUGAGUACGGGAACUUCACUUUCGGAACAGUGGUGUCCUACGACUGCAAUCCCGGCUAUUACCUGUUUGGGUCAUCGGUGCUGACCUGCCAGCCGGUGGGUUACUGGGACAAGCCAUUACCAGAAUGCCUGGAGGUGGACUGUGGUCACCCUGGAGCUCCUCCUCAUGCGGUGGUGACGGGGGAUAAAUUCACCUUCGGCUCUACGGUUCACUACAGGUGUUUGGAAGACCGAGCUUUGAUUGGUGAAUCCUCCCGCACCUGUCAGCUGAACGGCCAAUGGAGCGGCUCCCAGCCUCACUGCUCAGGUGAUAAAAGGGGUGCCUGUGGGGAUCCGGGCACGCCGGCCCAUGCUACCCGAGAGGAGGGCAGCUUUCAGCAGCACGCUAAAGUGCGCUUCACAUGCGCCACGGGUCACACGCUCUACGGCUCGGCAGAACGCAUCUGCUUCCCCAACGGCACUUGGUCGGGCCGUCAGCCCACCUGCAAACCUGUUCAGUGCGGGAAUCCUGGGACUCCGGCUAAUGGGCACAUUUUGCGUGUUCAUGGCACCACCUUCUCUCACUCCAUCGUCUACUCGUGCGUGGAUGGAUACCGGCUCUCAGGUUCUCCCUCCCGUCAGUGCCUGGCGAACGGUACCUGGUCUGGCAGCGAGCCCAACUGCACCCUGAUCAGCUGUGGGGAUCCGGGCAUACCUGCCAGUGGCCUGAGGAUCGGCGAGGACUUCACCAUCGGCCAGAACGUGACGUAUUCCUGCCAGCCCGGCUUCCUGAUGGAGAACGGGAGCUUCGUUAUCCGUACCUGCACCCACAACGCCACCUGGAGCGGAACGUUUCCCACCUGCCAAGCGGUGACCUGCGCUCCUCCGCCCGGCGUGUCUAACGGUGAGGUUGAGGGCUCUGUGUUCGAGUGGGGCACCAGCGUGAGCUACCGCUGCCUGAUGGGAUACGAACUGUCCUUCCCUGCCAUCCUCACGUGUGUCGGCAACGGCUCCUGGAGCGGAGAGGUUCCUCUGUGCCUGCCCAAGUUCUGCGGUGACCCCGGCAUCCCUCCGCACGUCAGACGCGAUGGUCAGAGCUUCAUCUUCAAAGCCGAGGUCACGUACAGCUGCAGCGCCCCCUAUGUGCUGGUGGGCUCCUCGACACGCAUCUGUCAAGCAGACGGCACGUGGAGCGGGACGCAGCCGCGCUGCAUAGAACCGACUCGGACGACGUGUGAAAAUCCUGGCACUCCGGAGUACGGCUCUCUGAACAGCAGUCUGGGCUUUAAGGUGGGCAGCACAGUGAAGUUCCACUGUCAGACGGGCCACUUGUUACUGGGCUCCACCACACGGACGUGUCUGCAAGAUUUGACCUGGAGUGGCACUCAACCAGAAUGCAUCCCCCACUCCUGUAAGCAACCAAAGACCCCUUCGCAUGCCAACGUGAUGGGCAUGGACCUGCCCUCCUUUGGCUACACACUGCUCUAUUCCUGCCAGCCUGGUUUCCUUCUCACCGGGGGCUCGGAGCACCGCGCGUGCCGGCCAGAUGGAUCCUGGAGCGGGAAGGUGCCCGUCUGCAGAGCUGGCUCGAAAACAACUGAAAAAGUCAUAACACCUGUUCAAGGAACAUUGAGUCCCAAAGUCAACGUUCCUGACGAUGUGUUCGCGCCCACAUAUGUGUGGAAAGGUUCGUUUGAGUAUAAAGGAGUGAAACAGCCGAUGACUUUGACAAUCACUAGCUUUAACACGACUACGGGGAAAGUCAAUGUGACUUUAACUAACAGGCACUCAGAACUGCUGUUGUCAGGUGUUUACAAGAGUCGAGAUGCUCGUCUGACGCUGCGGCUGGAUCACAUGAGAGCUCUGGUGAAGAGCACAUACAGCAAGAUCACUGAGGACACCCUGAUCAUGGACGGCUUUGUCUCUGCUGACCAUGAAGGAAACACAUACUUGUUUCAAGGCUUUAUACAAGGUAGAGACUACGGCCCGUUUGGACUGCAGAGACAAGGCCUGAACAUAAUAGAGCCCACCAGGAGCCCCGAGGUUCCACCCAGAACCAACAGCAGCUCUGUGGCCGUUGCCAUUCUUGUGCCUUUCUUCGCCCUGAUUUUUGCAGGCUUUGGCUUUUAUCUCUAUAAACAGAGGAAGUCUGAUAAAGCGGAGUACAGCGGCUGCUCUGUGCAUGAAAACAACAACGGUCAGGCAACCUUCGAGAAUCCCAUGUACAACACCAAUUCCAAAUCCAUCGAGGGAAAGGUCGUCCGCUUCGAUCCCAAUCUCAAUACGGUUUGCACAAUGGUUUGAGGGUUUGAUGCUGUCAGAACUGUCACUUUUGUGUUGGUAUAUUACUUGUUUUAGUCUCUUCGAAGCAACUUUCAAGCACAGUUGGGGUGCGCUACUCACACGGCAGCUCAAAGCUGUGCGCGGAUUUGCAGGAAAACAUCAUAUUCUUCACCGUUCGAGUGGAGUAUUAUAAAGUAUCUACAUCUCACUCUGAGAGUGUUGAUUUUGUAUUUAAAAGAAAACAAAACAAAAAGUUAGGUGUCCUUUUCCAAUGUGAGUUUCAUAUGGCGCAAAUUAUUUUAAGCCAUUCCAAGGGCGUUCACACAUACAGCGAUUUGCUGCGUUGAAAAGUUGAGAAACGUUGAACUUUAUGCAAGUCAACAUGAUACUGUGACUACCAGAAGGAGUGAAGACAUUUGAUGUGAUAACGUGAUCAGUCUCUUGUCAGAAACUGUAGACAAAAUGAUGAAGUCAAUGUUCUGUAUAAUUUCUCUGCUCAGAAAAACAACAUGAUGCAUGGAGAACCUUGUCAGAAAUCAUGAGCAUUUAAAGUCCAUUCAUGCAUCGAUAAUCGUUCAUUUGCUUCAUGAUAUGACGCUUAAGUGCUAUUCAGACACUUUCCUCUGCAGAAUGCUCAUUUGUGCCGGCAAGAAAACUGAUUCUUUGUCAAACGAGCUUAUUUUUACUGACAGUGCAUCUCAGCGUGUGGUGAAAAGGCUGUAUGUGUGAACGGCCCUUCAGACUGUGCACAUCGUCUCGUCAUCACAGUGCGCUUGAACCUACGAGCCUCCUACAGAUCCAAGACGCUUACUGAACACAGGCGCUCCUAUCGGAUGAUGCUCACCAAUCAAGUGUAAACUCCCUCAUGGAAUAUCAACUCUCAAGUUUUUUAAUAAGGAAUGAUUGCUAUUACAAAUGGUUUUCGGUUGGCUGUUUUAAAGGAAUAGUACACCCAAAAAUGAAAAAUUGCUGAAAAUGUACUUACUCUCUAGUUUGUUGAUUCAUCAGUACAGUACAGGAAAUGUGUUACAUCACUUGCUCACCAAUGGAUCUUCUGCAGUGAAUGGGUGCGUCAGAAUUAGAGUCCAAACAGCUGAUAAAAACAUCACAAUAAUCCACACCACUCCAGUCCAUCAGUUGCCAUCUCAUGAAGGGAAAAGCUACGUGUUUGUCAGAAACAAAUCCAUCAAAAAAAAAUUUCACCUGCUUCCCUCUAAAAUGAGAGUCCUCUAUAUUCAUUCAUUUCAUUUAUUUAUAUACAGUAGCACAAAUAAACAUCACAGGAGUUGACUGCUGUGCUUAACAGAGUAGAACACCACAAGACAUAAUAAAAAUAAAACAUAAUUAAGCAUUGCUAAAUGCUCGGGCCUGAAGAUUUUAAAGUUCAGACAGGUACGAGGGUGCGAGACCAUUUAGAGAUUUAAAAACAAACAACAAUAUUUUGAAAUCAACUCUAUGACAUAUCCCGUAAACAAUUUAGAGCCAUUAAAAUAGGAGUAAUAUGUUGUUGUUUGCAGACCCCUGGUCAAAAUCUGUCUUCAGCGUUUUGAACCUUUUGAAGCCUUGUAAUAGAGGACUGAGAUAUUCCAGAUUAUAAUAAAUUACAAAAUUUCAGUGGAAAUAAAACGAAAGCAUGUGUGACACUUUGGCGAAAAGAAAAGGCAGACAGACAGAGUUUCAGAUGAAAAAAGCCUGACUUAACUACUGUGUUUGUGUUGAUUAAACUUAAAGGAAGAGUCCAGAGUAAUUUCCAUAUAAGAGUGCAGAUUUCCAACAUUUCCCCCCACAGAGGGCCCAAACACGAUUGCUUCAGUUUUGCUUGCAUUAAGGUAUAGAAAAUUUGAGGACAUCCAGGAUCUUGUGACAUUUAGACAAGCAAGCAAUGUUUCUAAGCCUUUCUUGUCAGUGUGCUUAAAAGGCAGAUCAAUUUGAUUGAAAAGACACUCCAUGCUUUCUAAGAAUUGAACCUAGAGGUAACGUAUAUAAUCAAAUGAAUGAGAAAGCAAAAAAUUGCUCUCUUCAUUGAAGAAGUACAGUAGUCCCAAGCACUGUUUACAAGUGAAAAUAGCCCAAAACAUCUCUAAAUAUGUGGGUGGAUUUUGAUGCCAGACAACAACAGGAGAUGGACUUUUUCAUUAUUGGGAUAAUGCACUCAGAACGCAGAAGUGACAUUUUAUGUUAAAAUGUCUUAAUGAUGGAUUUGUUUCUUACAAACGCACAGCUUUUCUUUUUUUCAAGACCUUAACUGAUGGAGUGAUGUGAAUUUCUUAUUGAUUAUUGUGAUGUUUUAAUCAGCUGUUUGGACUCUGAUUCUGACGGCACCCAUCCACUGCAGAGGAUCCAUUGGUGAGCAAGUAAUGGCAUUUUUUACAAAUUUCUUAUUUCUCUAAAUCUGUUUUCAAGAAGAAAAAACAAACUCAUCUAUAUCUUGGAUAGCUUGAGGAUGAGUCAGUUUUCAGCAGAUUUUCAUUUUUGGGUUAACUGUUCCUUUAAAGGGGAAGUUUGUAAUUGUUUUAAUUGUUGAAAUGCUCUCUCUGUAACUGUAAGUAAGCCAUCCGUAGGUUGACUUCCUGAAGAGUGAAACACUGUGGCUCUGUGGUGCUUUUCACAAUACUCUUUUAGCUCGAGCAUCCUGACAUAUCAACUUCUGAAUCCAAUGGAGGUGGAAGGCAUGAGGGGCAGUUCAGACAGAAACACAUUCUAGCGUUUAAAAUAGUGUAACUAAACAUGUUUAUAGGUGCUUCAUCAGCCAUUCGCAAUGGUCAAUAAACACUCAACUUUUUCAGAUGUCCUGUAAAUAUCAUCUGAUUGGUCCAUUGUUUCAAAACGGAUGUCUUCAGUGCAUCUUAACAUUGUAAGAAGCAAAGUAACAGCCAAAGGCAUUCAUUUAACAUUUGCAUAGAUCAACAAUUAAAAAUAACACAGAAAUCCAAAUCUCAAAUCCAAAAACUCAAGUACACUGUAAAAACAAAGUUGUAAAUACAGUAGAUCACUGGAGUACAUUUUACAAGAACUUUGUACUCAGAUUUUACAUUUGAUUCAGUGUGUUGCUUGUGGUUCCUUUGUAAUUAUUUGUCAAAUUUGCUAGUAAUUUCUGCACUGCAUUUUUCAGUGUAUGGUUUUGGCCACGAUAAUAGCCAAAGAAGCUGGCAUUGUCUUAGAAAGACAAACAAAAAUAGUGCAGCUGGAAGCGCAAGAAUGUGUCCUGUGUGAACGGCCCAUAAAAGUGGGAAACUAUUUUUUUUUAUUAUUUCCAAUAAGUGACAGAAAUUACACAGUUCAUCCAUUGGGUUAUACUUCAUAUUUUCUUCAGAUUUGAAUUGAAUAUUCACAAAUGUUUCCGAUUUGCUCCGUUUAGGAUCACAUCUGACAGGCUAUUAGCAGAUUUCCUGCUUCUAAACGUUCUGUUUCAUAACUCAUAAUAGUGCCUUGUAUGAUAUUUCACUGGUGUUGGGGGGGAAAUGGGUUGCAUUUUUUGUUUGUUUGUUUGUUUGUUUGCUUAUUUAUUUGUCAGCUACAGCUAGUAAAGGUUUUAUUGUUCUACAGAAAGUCAGUUUUGCACAUACCUGCCAAAUAUAAUCAGAUAUAGCAGCAGUGCUAUGUUUGAGUUCUUUGUGCCGCUGCCCAUAAUGUCUCUUCAUCAACAGUUUGUAUAUUUAUACAGAUGUUUCUGUUCCUCCGGCGGUUAAGUGUUGAGCGGCAUCGUAGUGCUGUGUUUGGCUCUCACUACACAAAAUAUCAAACUCUGUCAAAGAUUUAGGAUUGCUUUCAGACACUGGCUCCUUCAGAUGGGUCCAUCACCCUUGUAAAUGCAUUCAUAUCAAAUGUAAAGAUAUUUAAACUUUUUUCAAAAGAGUUAUAUUUUUGUGAGAAAUUUGUAAAAUAAAAGGUUAUGUAAAUAUCCAUUUGUAAAUGCCAUUUACAAAUAAAAAG